AUUUAUUUUUUCAAUUUUCUACUCAAAACAAACCCUACCUAUUCCCCUCCCCUUCCCUCCCCGCUUUCUUGUUCUUUUUCUUCUCAUUUCCGUCUUCCUUAUAUUUCUUCUUCGGCUCCGGUGGGAAGAUCCCAGACGUCGUCAAGGAGACGUCACCGUUGCCGGAAAGACCGAUUUCUGUUCGCGACAUUUAACCGGAAAGAAAGCGCCUGGCGUUAGCCACCGCACCGCCGUCGCUGCCGCCGCCGGAAUCGUCGAAACUACAUCAGUGGCAGUGUUGGCCCCAGAUUGGAGAAUUUUGUUGGAAAACUUGUUAAGAAAUCAAAGAUACGCAUAAGUUUAUCAGAGCUGUCUUGUCUAGCAAAGAUGCCUGGCAUUCCUCUCUCAACUCGUGAAUCUGCGAAUUGUGUUUGCAAUUGUGGAUACUCACAAGGUGCAGAUCAUAUGUGUCGCCAUGAUCCCCGCUCACAUUUGUCUGCAGAAGAGCAAAUUGCAGCUGAGGAGAGCCUUUCUAUUUACUGCAAGCCAGUUGAACUGUACAAUAUUCUUCAGCGCCGUGCUGUUAGAAAUCCAUCUUUCCUUCAAAGAUGUUUGCAAUACAAAGUACAAGCAAAACACAAGAAAAGGAUUCAGAUGACAGUUUCUCUGCCAUCAACUGUAAAUCAUGAUUCUCAAAUUCAAAACCUAUUCCCUUUGUGUAUAUUAGUGGCAAGACAAGUUUAUAGUCCAUCGGUUGUAGAGGAUUCCUCAAUUUAUCAUUUCAGUAGAGAAUGUAUAUUGACAAAAUGUACUGGAAGUGACAGAAUGAAUCAGGAUGUAGCAAAUUUCAUUCUUCCUGAGAUUAACAAACUAUCAGCUGAAGUCAAAUCUGGUUUCAUUUCUAUAUUGUUUGUCAGCUGUGCUGAAUUGUUUAAGGACUAUGCGGAUGGAUCAUUCUUUCAAGCUAAUGUUGGAGGUCACUGCUUCCUGGGUAAAAUUCCAAUGGAGUUACUUCAAUUAUCCUGGGAGAAGUCUCUCAACUUGAGUAGUGGAGAGAGAGCUGAGAUGCUGUCAACUGUUGAUCUGCAUUCUUGCUACCUGAAGACAAGCUGUUUUGGAGAAGACAAAUGUUUUUCAUUUCAUAGUCCCCGCCCUCAUGCUGGUGCUAUGGCUAUGCGUCUACAACUGCAAGUCUGCAUUGCAGCAGAAGAGAUUGGUGCCAAGGACAGAUCUCCAUAUGAUUCAUUCUCAUAUAGAGGCAUUCCUUCUUCAGUUUUGCCUCAGAUUAUAAGGUUGAGGACUGGAAAUGUUGUUUUCAACUACAAAUACUAUAAUAAUAGGUUGCAGAGGACUGAAGUGACGGAGGAGUUCUCAUGUCCUUUUUGUUUGGUUAAGUGUGGAAGCUUCAAGGGUCUGAGAUAUCAUUUGCCUUCUUUUCAUGACCUCUUCAACUUUGAAUUUUGGGUUACUGAAGAAAUUCAAGCAGUGAAUGUUUCUGUCAAGACUGAUACAUGGAGAUCCGAGAUUGUUGCAGCUGGUGUUGAUCCUAAGCAACAGACAUUUUUCUUUUGUUCUAAAGCAGGAAGGCGCAGAAGACGCAAGAACCUAGUUAAGAGUACAAAGCAUGUGCAUCCCCUUGUAUUUGAUUCCGAAUUGCCGGAAUCUCUCAAUGAACUUCGUGAAAAGACAGAUGCAGAGAGCGGGGACCGUGACAUAUCCAGCCCCAGAGUUUCAUCAGCUACAGCACAUUCAUAUGCUGAUCCAGAAUGUGUGCAGUCAUUACCUGGUAGCAACCUCACAGCUCCGGCACUGCUGCAGUUUGCGAAGACAAGGAAGUUAUCAAUUGAGCGGUCUGACUCCAGAAAUCGUGCACUGUUGCAGAAGAGGCAGUUCUUUCAUUCACAUCGAGCACAGCCUAUGGCCAUGGAGCAAGUCUUAUCUGACCGAGAUAGCGAGGAUGAAGUUGAUGAUGAUGUUGCAGAUCUUGAAGAUCGAAGGAUGCUUGAUGACUUUGUGGAUGUCACAAAAGAUGAGAAGCAGUUGAUGCAUCUGUGGAAUUCUUUUGUCAGGCGACAAAGGGUACUGGCGGAUGGUCAUAUUCCUUGGGCAUGUGAGGCUUUUUCUAAAUUGCAUGGAAAGGAUUUUGUCAGAACCCCAGCAUUACUCUGGUGCUGGAGACUAUUUAUGAUCAAGUUGUGGAACCAUGGUCUGCUGGAUGCUCGCACGAUGAACAACUGCAGUGUAAUUCUGGAGCAAUGUCAAGGACAAGAUCAGCCACCAUCCGGCCAGUAGUUUCACAGCCAUUUUUAGACGAACUCAUGCACAUUCUUCUAACUGGAAUUUAACUUGGAACUGUUGGCCAUGCCAAAAAAACUAUUACAUGGUAUCUCUUUAACAUCUUGUCUUUACCGAAAAUUCUUGGCUUUGGUUCUUGUGGAUAAAAACUUUGGGACUGCAAGGGGCUUGUUUA